UAAGUCUCAUCAUUGCCUGUGGGCGCGUUCAUUAAGUCGAAAAUAAUCGCACCAGAGUAAGGUUUUCGGGUGCGUUGUGCUUAAAUACCGAGCGCUGUAGACUGGGUAAACCGGGAAAAAUGCGCCAGCUGCUAUUGCUGGCCGCACUAGUUGGCGGUGUGCUGUGUAUGACCGUCGAUUACAACAAGUACUACUAUUCGCGGCAGCCCGACCUGUUUCGUCUGCUGCGCAAGUAUCACCUGUGGCCGAGGAACGAGACGCUGAAGUUUGAGCGCCCGAGGCAGGAUUUAAACGUACCCAGUCCGUUCAUUUUCGGCGGCGAGAGUGUGGCCAUCGAAUCCUACCCCUAUCAGCUGUCGCUGCGCCUCGAGGGAACGCAUAUCUGCGGUGCCUCGGUCAUAGCGGAACGAUGGGCACUGAGUGCGGCACACUGUCUGGAUGAGGCGUUGUACCCGUCCGCUAUAACGUUUCGCGGUGGGACGCCGCAUCGGCUGGCGGGUGGUUACAUUUUCCAUGCCGAGUACUACCUGCUGCAUCCAAAGUUUGACCGACGCACGCUGGACUACGAUGUGUCCGUGAUCAAUGUGCGGGAAAGUUUCUUCAUCGAUCCGAUACAGGCGGUAACGCUGGCCAACACCAACACGUACUAUCCGAUACCGUCGGCCGCGGUCGUGACCGGCUGGGGCUUGGCGGAUGCCGAUGGGUACGAGCCGCUGAUACUGCAAUCGCUGGAAAUCUACGUCCAGCAGAAGCAUUUCUGUUGGACCUCGACGAUCGAAGCUCUUACCGAUCGACAAAUUUGUGGCGGCAGUGGCGUUUACGGGAAGGAAACGUGUUACGGCGACAGUGGCGGACCGCUGGUAAUGAACGGCUACCAGGUCGGGAUAGUGUCGUGGGGUUCGGACGACUGUGCCGUAAACAUUCCGGGCAUCUACACUUCCCUCACGAACGAUGAGGUGCGUGCGUUUAUUAAGCUGAACGCGAACGUUGAUACUUACGCGGCGGUGAUACGUCCAGUUCCCCACUGCGAGCUGCAGGUAGCCUGGGCGACGACCGGGAUGUUGACGGCGUGUAGGUUAACCGGCAGCGAUCCUCCGGGAGAGGUCAGACCCCAUCCAGAGACGACGCUGUUGGUGCCGGCGGCGAAGCUGGUUCCGCUAGCGACCAGACGGAUCGGGGCAAUGUUGGUACCGACGAACGAGGUGGUGAUACGGAUGACGCACACAUCGUUGUUCAGAUCUUCAGCAAGUAAGAUGCGAGCGGUGUUCUUGUCCUUGGGCUUAGUGUGCCUAGCUGGGUUGGCGGUGGAUGGGCAGACGAGAAGCAGGAGCUUCUUCGAUUUCUUCUUCGACGUCGAGAACAGGCUGCAGAAUGGGCGUAUCGUCGGCGGCUCGACGGCCACGAUCGCCCGAUAUCCGUUCGUCGCGUCACUGCGCCGAUUCUCGAACCACAUCUGCACCGCGUCGAUCAUUUCGACGCUCCACGCUGCCACCGGGGCCCACUGUACCUACUCGUUCAAAUCCUUAUCCGGGGUGACCAUCUACGCGGGCAGCACGAGCCGCACGACCGGUGGCCGCGUGUUCGUUGUGACGGACAAUUUCAUCCACCCGAAGUACGAUCCGGACACGUUCGAUUUCGAUGUGGCCGUGCUGCGCGUCAAGACACCGUUCACGCCGAACAUGAACAUUGCCUCCGUACCGCUGGUGCCGCCCAACUACGCCGUGCCCGACCGGGUGCAGCCCACCGUUGCGGGCUGGGGUCGCACCUCGACGGGCGGAACUCUCUCGCCGACGCUGCGUGCCGUAGCGAUCCCCGUCGUGGGUAACAUCCCGUGCCAGGAGCUGUGGAUUGAUACGGAUAUCACGGAUAAUAUGCUGUGCGCUGGUGCCAAGGGCAGAGACGCUUGCACGGGUGACAGUGGCGGGCCGCUGGUGGUGCCGACCACCAACUACUUCCAGCUGGUCGGUAUCGUGUCCUGGGGAUCGGCCGCGUGCGGUAGCGAAUAUCCGGGAGUGUACACCCGCAUGGCUUCACCCUCCAUUCAGAGCUUUUUAUCGCAGUACGUUUUUGGUUCGGUGGUUGAAGUUUUGGGAAUCGCGCGCAUACUUGUUGCUUUAUUUUUCGUGCCAUCCUCAGCCACACGAACACGCACCACCCAGUCCACCCAGUCCUUGGGUGACAGCCCUUGCCAGCAUACAAGCAUGGGACUUUUUGCACUGGUUUUGCUGUGGUGCGUUAGUGACACACUCGCCGCCAGCAAGGAGGUAGAAGCAUGGCGCGCGAUGCAGGUGCGCCGACCCACCCCGAACGAGCUGCGCGCGACGGGCCGCAUCUUCGGCGGCAUGGAGACGAACAUCAAGGACGCUCCCCAUCAGCUAUCGCUGCGGCGCUUUGACACGCACAUCUGCGGCGCAUCCGUGGUGGAUGCAUCGCUGGCCAUCACGGCAGCGCACUGCUUGACGCCCAAACCAUCGCCCGAGUUUAUCACCCUCAUGGGAGGCUCUACGAAUCGGACGGAUUACGACGUGGGCGUGAUAUUUUAUGCGAUCGAGUUAAUAAUCCAUCCCGGCUACAAUUCCAACACAUUCCACAACGAUGUCGCCCUGGUCCGCAUCGAGGGCACGUUCGGGGGGUACGAAAAUGUGGCCCCGAUUCCGCUGCGCACUCGUACGAUAUUUACCUCCAGCUCCAAUCCCGUCUACUGCACGGUUUCGGGCUGGGGUCUUACCAACAUGAACGGCGACGGCCUUCCCGAGAUGCUGCGCAUCGUGCGCAUUCCACUGGUGCCGCACACCGAGUGCCGGCGGAAGUGGAAUCCAUUUCCGAUUACGACCUCCAUGAUCUGUGCCGGAGAGCUGCGGAAGGACGCGUGCAACGGUGACAGUGGCGGCCCGCUGGUGUGCAAUGGGCAGCUGUACGGCGUCGUGUCGUGGGGCUCUAACCAGUGCGGCAGCUCCUACCCGGGGAUAUACACCAGCAUUCCGGCUGUGUUGAGCUUCCUGAGCGAAUACAUGUCCCCGAUGCAGUUCGACGCGGCUUAACGAGGGAGUGGAGCUUAAACGAGGGGAGUAAGCGAAUGUCGCGGUGUAGAGAUGUGCGGAACAAAAAUAAACGAUUCACUCCUACUGAAGGAUUGUUGGGACGAUCUA